UUUAGCUUAUCUUUUGACCUAGUAUUUUUUUUAAAUAAACAUUUUCGUGUCAGCCUUUGCAGCUCGAGACGACCCACACGUGAUCGGCCAGCAUAACUAGGCGCUUGUUAGUUACAGUAUUUGAAUUUGACGAGGCUAUUUUGACGUUGGAUAGCUAACUAUAUUCGCUGGUACGAAAUUUCGAAUAGAUCUCACAUUAAUGUUUUAACUAUAUGGUUAUCACAAGCGUACCUCAUUUUGAUAUUUAAGGCAGACUGUAUGAAGUUAAUUUGUUAACCGGUUAGACGUUAGUUUUUCUUUCCAUCUUGAGCUGCUGUACAUUUUCUGUACGGCUAAUAAAUUAUAACGUCAUUUGCUUUUGAUAGCCAUCUGCGGAUUGUCAUUUUUACUUUUUCAAGAACAAGGCUUUCUGCCUGAAAUAUUUGUGUUAGGGAUUCCACAAACAUUGUAGCUAGCUAGCAUUUAGCUUGCUUGCACCCGUAACAGCGAUUGUAACCAGGAGCCAGCAUCGGCCAAGCGAAUUUGACAAAGUAUUUAGUCAAUAAUUAAGUUAUCAAGAGAAGUAUCACACACACCGAUAACUGACUUCUGUUGUCGAGAAUUUGCAUCCAUCUUUGCUUGUUUUCAUUACCGAAAGUGAAGUACCCUGACUAGCCACAGUCAGAAGCAGUUGAGUAGCUAGCUAUCCAAAUUCUGAAUCUGAUUGUCAUUUUAUCAGUGUUAUUGUUGAAAAUGGCGGCGAUCGAAAUGGUGCAGAUGUUGAUCGAAGCAGCAGAAUACCUUGAUCGCAGAGAAAGAGCUGAACAUGGCUAUGCCUCCAUGUUACCUUUCACCAGCAGCAAAGAGAAGGACAGCUUGAAACGGAAAAAUAAAAGCAAGAAGAACUCCAGUAGCAGAUCCAUACACAACGAGAUGGAGAAGAACAGAAGAGCACACCUACGGCUGUGUUUAGAGCGAUUGAAAUCCCUCGUUCCAUUGGGACCAGACUCCAACAGGCAUACCACCCUCAGCCUGUUGAUGAGAGCCAAGAAACAUAUCGGGAGGUUGGAGGAGAGCGAGCGGAGAGCCCAGCAUACCUUAGACCAGCUGCAGAGGGAGCAGAGGCACCUCCAACGACGUCUGGAGCAGCUAGGGGUGGAGAGAACACGUAUGGACAGCACAGGAUCCACCGUCUCCUCCGACAAUCCAGAUGCAGACCAGGAGGAGGAGCUGGAUGUGGACGUGGAGGGGACUGACUACCUGCUGGGGGAUCUGGAGUGGAGCACCAGCAGUGUGAGUGACUCUGACGAGAGGGGAAGCCUGCGCAGCAGCUGCAGUGAUGAGGGCUACUCAAGCGCCAGCCUGCGUCUGCAGAACCAGAAAACUCAGGAGAACGCCAAGCAGUUGGGCUGUAGCCUAUAAGAGCACAGCCCUCAACCUCUGGCCCAUGUGCAACGGCGUCCCUCUAUCGUCAAGUUAACUCGCGCCCACCAACCAGUCUCUGCCAAUCAGACCUCACCUCCAGCAGGACUGGCCUUCUGACAAAGCCCUCUCCUCCAGCUGUAUUCCACCUCUCUUUCCCCCUCAGACCUCCAACACCUGAGACCCAUCAUCCCAUUUCAACCGUCCAUCGGCCAACCAAAAUGGAAGAUCUGCCCAUUCAGAGCCUCUGGCUCAAUAAGAUGAGUAGUAUUUGGAAGACACCCCUCCGUCCAUCCCUUUCUGUGUCCACCACCUCUGUCCCUACCUGCUCUGCUGUCAGUUUCAGUGUAAGAGCAGAGAGGUGACUUGGCUGUUUUCACGUAUCCAUGCUGUUUCCCCCUUCCAGCUCCCAGCGUCUGAGAACGAAAGACUUCAGCUAGAGAAUGUUAUUACAACACUACACCUACACCUCAAUGCCCCCCCUCUACCCCCAGCUCUAGCUCCCAUCUCGCCCAUAUCUCCAAUGAGACUGGCCCCUCUAUAGGUGGUGGUACAAACAAUCGGCGCAUGGAUGGUAUUUAGCACUUAGAGACAGUAUAGGAAGGGAUUGUCUGGGUCAAAGAGCUGUGGUCAUUGUAAUCAAUAUACUGUAUGUCUCCUUAAAAGACAUUGCAGCUAUUGUAGUAAUGUUAUCAGGUGUAGUCUAUUAGAAAGUCUUUAUGGUAAAUAAUUGUCUACCUGCACUGUCUACAUGUAAAGUCCUCACUGGGAGUUCUACAACACUAAGCACGGGUGUGAUUUGAUGUCAUCCAUGUUCCACAACCACUUCAUUGUUGCGAUCGGCAGCAAUACAUCCAUCCCUCUCUCCUCUACCUGGCUUAGCGGUUGGAUAGAUACCUCCAUGUUUUUGGCUCUUAUAAUGGGGGGCUAUUACAUUUUAGUUUUUAUUUUGGCAUACCCUGUACUUUCAAAUCCUCACCUGCCAUUCUGAAUUUUUAUGAGGAAAAAUAAAUUGAGGACAAAAACUUGUUAUGAAGAAUGCGCAGCAUGAGAUUGUUAUGGGGUAUCUUUUAUCUUCCUCUCGCUGAUGGCGGUGGCGUCUAACUCAUCUUUUAAUGUGAUGGUCUGUGUUGCUGCUAGUCAUGUCCUGUAGCCAGUGGUAGUCACUUGAAUAUGUGUUGAAGUUAUACAGACAGACAGUAAGUUACCGGUAAUUGUUGAAAGUAGACCAGUGGAGGGAUUAAAGCACAUUCCAUGUUUGAGAGAAAGUAGGCCAGAUGGAGCAUUACCUUCAUCCAUAUUUAUGAGGGAGUGUUUUCAGUUUUUAAAGCCAGGAAGGUUCUAGCUAUCUGCUUCAGGUUACCCACAAGCAGAACACAACAGAUGUGCUGACUUGCUUUGCCUUUGGGUCAGAGCACAGUACAAGCAAGAUCAAUGUCUUGUGAGUUUGUUCACCUCUGGAAAGAAAAGAGCAGAAAGGCUACUGUACACUAAAGAUACUCUCCUCUGCCUUGUCUAUAUACUUAGAUAUUGUUUAUGCAAAAUGUUAUGUUUAUGUAAAUAGUUUACGCAGAAAGAUCUGUUUAUUUAAAAAAAAAAGGUAUUUAUAUUAGAUGUAAAUAUAUAGAUAUAUCUAUUUAAUUGCUUGUCGCUUUACUAGUUUUUGUUGUGAGGGUUUCGAUGUAUAGUUGGUUUGCACAGCAUAGUCGAUCCAGAGCUUUUUAGAUCUGUAAUUUGUGCCUAUAGGCUUUUGUGUCCUUUCAAAAUUGGCACGGUGCUCCUAGAAUUGAAAUUGUUUUAUUUGUGGUUGAUUAUAUUUAUCUAUUUCAAAUCUAUCCUCUUUGUUAACAGGUAAAUAAUGCAAAAAAAUAUAGAUUAUUAUAAAAAUGUAUUACAUUGAAAAGAGGAGCUGGCGUGUGUGUUUGUGCUUUGGCAUUGCUGGGAUAGUGGGAAGUUACAGUGGGCUUUCUCCCUUUGUGCCUGGGGGCCUUAAACAAAAUGGCUUCUCCACCCAAGAGAUUAUAACACAUUGUAGAAAGAGGAGGAAUUGGUGGGUUCAAUAACCAGGGGAUAAGAUGGGGAGGCUUGCAGCAGCAUUUGAAUGUAGUCGACUAGCCUAUAAUAUAUCUCCCCCUGCACUGUUGCAGCACAAUGCCAAAGGAACCUCAAACUGUGUCACUGCAGAAUCUCGUUAGAACGGGAAGACGGUUGGUACACACCAAAAAAAUCCUUACAAAAUAGGAGUAUGAUUGUUUAGUCUAUUUGUGUGGAAUGCUGCACUAUGUCAUUUUAAAACCCUAUCCAAAAAGAGAACCAUGUAGCCAUGCUUGAAGGGGAAUGUUGUGAAUUGAGUACACGACUCAGACUAGUGCUAUGGGGCAGGUGUAUGUAUGUCUUGUCACUGUCUUCAGAGAGAAAAUAUAAUGGUUUGGGAGGGUUGUUUUUAAUGGCAAAACACUGUCGCAUUUGUAUGGAUGUUUUUAUUGGUUUACUAUUAAAAAGGUGAAAAACAGUAUCGCUUUUCAAAGAAAACCUAAUGUAUUAUUAAAGCUAAGCAUUGUCUGUUAUUGGGGAGCCACACACUCCUCUCCUUCCCUCUCUCCCUGUCCAUGGCCUGUUUUAUAUGUCUUCCACUCCUACCUGUGUGUGAAUGUGACUUCCAUAGAGAAGAGAUCCUGAUUCAUUUCUAUGGUGGUUCCCCCCUGUCCUCCACAUGCUGUGGACCAGCCACCAUGGUGCAGAGGGAGCCUGAGGGAGUAGACUGGGCUGUGUAGUAUAGCUGUAGCUGUCCUCCCUCCCUGUAUAACACUCUUAACACCCUCGGUGCUUCAGCCUCUGCCUUAAGAGCAGGUGUAGAUUCUUAAAAAAGAACAAGAGAUCAAUGCAGUUGGCUUCUGUGUAGUCCAGUGUAAGCUGUAUAGGAUAUCAUCCUGGGAAUUCUCUUUUUGGUUUUGUUGUGUAUAUUUGGGUUACGUUCGUACGAAGUGGCUUAAGCCUUAAAACAGACAGAUGUAAGAGAACCAUAGUAAAGUAUAUAUUAUACACGUUCAUAUAUAAUAUAGGUGUAGACAUGUUAUCACAAAAAAGGUCAUUAUUUUCAUUGUAACUGUGUCUCAGGUGUUGCUCUCCCUCACACACACAGACAUACACACGUUGUCAUACACACAUCAGAACAGACUCUGCCUUUUGAAGGAAGGGUUUAUGUCAAACUAUAAAAAGGUUGACAUUUUCUGCACACAUUUUUUAGAAUUAGGGAUUUUAAACUUUGUGAAAACAAUCUUUGGGAAGUGUGGUGCAGUCAUUUCUAUUUGCCAGUGAUAUAAAAGGAAUAAAACCAUUUGAAAGCCUUG